AACCGAAAAACUGAGUAAGUCAUAUUAUUAUGCAUUAUUUCCAUUUGCGAUGUUUUUGAGGCCCCUUUAUAAUACAAACCCUCCCAAACAAAACUUUUACCAUGACGGUGUCCCCAGCUGUGUGCGUCUACAACUGUCAAAUCUGUUUGCCAGAAUAGAAAAACACACCAAAACCACGGUGAAAAGUUAAAAACUAUUGAAAAAUAUAAAUACAUAUAACAAAUAAGAUUAAAAUAGAAGCUGGAAGCAGCAAAACAAUGGUGAUUGAAAGUUCAUCUAAUGGCAAUGAAGGUAAAUCCAAUAAAGAUUCAGAGGAGCCGCUACAAGCGGAGCCAGAAGCUGACGUCGACUCGGAGGCCGCGAAUGAAGUGGAGCGCCAAGAACGCGAGGAACUUAAUAACUUUAUAAAUGAAUUACAAUCAAAAAUUAAAGCUAAAGCGCAACUGCGUGUUGAAAAUCUUAACUGUGAACAUCCUGGUGAUGGUUUCUUUGCCAAACUAGAUUCCAGCUUGAAGCGCAACACUGCAUUUGUCAAAAAGUUGAAGCAGUUCACCGCUGCUCAAUUGGAUGCAUUGCUGAAAGACAUGAGCGCCCUAAAUUUGAGUAAAUACAUCUCAGAAAUUUGUGCGGCACUUUCGGAGGCAAAGUUAAAAAUGACCGAUGUACCGGCGGUGGUAACACUCUGUUCCCGCUUACACCAAACUUACGCUGACUUCGACACGCAAUUUCUUGAAGCAUGGCAGAAAAUUCUUUCUUUAAAACCAGGUGAAAAGAUCUCAAAUCCAAGUAAAUUACGUGUGGACUUGCGCUUAUUUGCUGAGCUUGUUAGCUCGGGAGUGAUCAGUGGUAAACAGGGGCUGCAAUUACUUGGAUCCGUGCUCAUCAAUGUGAUCUCGCAGGAUAAAGAAGAUCAUAGUAACUUCUCAAUCAUAUUGUCUUUCUGUCGACAUUGCGGCGAGGAGUAUGCUGGGCUCGUGCCACGCAAGAUGCAAAAUUUGGCAGAAAAGUAUGGUGGAGUGGUGAUUCCUAAGUCGGAUUUCCUAGCGCCCGACAGACAGCAAAAUUUGCGUGGUUUAUUAAAGGAUUAUUUCAAAAAUUUAUGUAAGCACUUGCUUUCCGAACAGCAGGAGCUGUUAAAUAUGACCAAGAGCAUACGGCGAACUAUGGAAUCAAAAGGUGAAAUCUCGAAUGAUAAAAAAGAAAAAUGCGAGCUAAUGCAAGCAAAUUUCGACAAACUACUGUCGUCAGCACAAACGCUCUCCGAUCUACUCGAUGAACCUUUACCGGAGCUUGCAACAGAAUCAGAAAAUUGCAAUCCGGGUACGGUUAUCGAAAAUAUGCUCGAAGUUGCCACAAUGGGAGAACUAGAUCCAUGGGGCGAUGAUGAAACCAAAAGUUUUUACACAGAUCUGCCAGAUUUACGGCAAUAUCUUCCGAAUUUUUCUGCUCCAAAAAUCGAUUUGGAUCAAAAUGAAGAGCCCACGGAGAUGACGGAGGAAGCACUUGAUGCGGAUAUUGAUGUGGAGAUGGAUAUAGAUGACCCUCCCUCAACAGCAUCAGAUCCGCCGAAUGACAAAGACGCGGAGAUCGCAGCCGAACCAGGUAGUGAAGAGUCGGCGACGCCAGCACCGUUACCAGACAAAAUCGCAAACGCCCUAAUGGAAGCUGGGCGCAUGGGUGCAGGGCAGGUGUCCCACAGCAAGCAACAUUUCGAUCAAUUUUUGAACAAUUUAAAUAAUUGUGUCAAUAAAGAACUUAUUGACUCGGCAGCAAUUGAGUUCCUGCUGAAUUUCAAUACAAAAAAUAACCGUAAAAAACUCACGAAAUCAAUCUUUACGGUGCAGAGAACACGCUUAGAUUUGCUGCCGUUCCUAUCACGUUUUGUCGCUAUUGUCAAUCUUUGCAAUACGGACGUUGCCACCGACUUGUCGGAAAUGCUACGAAAAGAAUUUAAAUGGCACAUACGCAAAAAGAAUCAGCUUAAUAUUGAAUCGAAAAUCAAAAUUGUACGCUUCAUUGGCGAGAUGGUUAAAUUUGGUCUCUGCAAAAAGUUUGACGCGCUCAGUUGUUUAAAGAUGUUGCUACGUGACUUCCAGCAUCAUCAAAUUGAAAUGGCUUGCGCAUUUAUUGAAGUCGCAGGCGUAUAUCUCUACAACUGUCGUGACUCCCGCUUACUUACGAAUGUCUUCCUCGAUCAAAUGAUGCGCCUA